CGAAGGUCUUUGAUGGUGAUGAAGUUACGCUAGUGUGAGUGUUGUCAAAAGCCGUGAGGGAUUGCGGGUACGAGAAAUAGUAUUAAUGGAAUAAUGGCAGCAACCAGCGGUGAAUAUAUUAAAUCUCAAUUCCCGACAAUUGAUGACGAGUUGUAUCAGUAUGUGGAAGGAAUUUUGUCAAGCAGUGCAGACGAUUUCGAAGAUGGCACAGAACUGUACGAUGCAAUUGGAGAAGUUCUUCAUGAAGCGGCAAGCGAUAAAAGUGAAGUAGAAAUAAGAAAUAUAUGUGAAAGGCUCUUAGGAAUUCUAAAACCAAAUAAGUCUGAUUUACUAAAUCAUGGGCCAACUAAAGUUCUCAAUGCUCCUGUUCACCUUGCAUCUAUGGCUGCCAAUUUGGAAGACAAUGUGCAAGACAUCAAAAGCAUUUGGAUGAUGACUAGAGAUGCUGGAUUAAAAGUUGAUGCAAAGAAACUUGAGAAAGCUGAAGCAAAGCUACAACAAAAGCAAGAGAAAAGAAGCUUGGAUAUGCAAAUGAAUAGAAAUCAAGCAACAACAGGACCGCGGUUAGAAACAGCAACUGCUUCACAAGUUACUAGCAAAAAGGAAACAAAAUUGGAGGAUAAAGGCAACAAUCGGACUCAGGACAUUCGCAUAGAAAACUUUGAUGUCGCUUAUGGUAACAGGGUCUUGCUGCAGGCUGCUGAUCUCACAUUGGCGUUUGGAAGAAGGUAUGGUCUUGUGGGAAGAAAUGGUCUUGGCAAGACUACUCUUUUGAGGAUGAUAUCAAGUGGACAACUGCGGAUACCUUCACACAUAUCUGUUCUCCAUGUGGAGCAGGAAGUGGUUGGAGAUGACACAACUGCAUUGCAGAGUGUUCUCCAGUGUGAUACUGUUCGUGAAAGACUAAUUGCUAAAGAAAAGGAAAUCAGCACAAAAUUAAAUAAUGGGUGCACGGAACCUGAAUUGACUCAAGAGUUGACUGAUGUCUACACUCAGCUGCAAAAUAUAGAAGCUGAUAAAGCUCCAGCACGUGCCAGUAUUAUUCUGAAUGGUCUUGGGUUCUCCACUGAAAUGCAGCAGCGUUGCACAAAAGAAUUCUCAGGAGGUUGGCGGAUGAGACUCGCUUUGGCGAGAGCAUUGUUCUCAAGACCUGAUCUGCUGUUACUUGAUGAGCCUACUAAUAUGUUGGAUAUAAAAGCCAUCAUAUGGUUAGAGAAUUACUUACAGAACUGGCCCACCACGUUACUGGUUGUGUCUCACGAUAGGCACUUUCUUGACACAGUGCCCACUGAUAUUCUUCACCUACAUUCCCAACGUAUAGAAGCUUACAGGGGGAACUACGAGAAUUUUGAGAAGACUAAAACAGAAAAAUUACGAAAUCAGCAGCGGGAGUUUGAGGCUCAACAGCAACAUCGAGCACAUGUUCAAGAAUUCAUUGACAGAUUUCGCUAUAAUGCAAAUAGGGCUUCAAGUGUUCAGAGCAAAAUCAAGAUGCUUGAAAAACUGCCAGAACUCAAACCCAUAGAGAAAGAAAUUGAAGUUGUUCUGAAAUUUCCUGAUGCUGAACCACUGUCACCACCAAUUCUACAGAUUAAUGAAGUAUCUUUUGGAUACACGUCUGAGAUGCCAAUUUUCACUGAUGUCAACCUUGGUGCUACAUUAGACUCCAGAAUUUGCAUAGUUGGUGACAAUGGAGCCGGUAAAACGACUCUACUUAAAAUCAUAAUGGGCAUGCUGACACCCACAAAGGGAAUGCGGCACGUUCAUCGGAAUUUGAAAUUUGGCUAUUUUAGCCAACAUCAUGUGGAUCAGUUGGAAAUGAAUGUCUCAUCAGUGGAAUUACUCCAGUCUUCUUAUCCAGGUAAACCCAUAGAGGAGUACAGGCGGCAGUUGGGAAGUUUUGGUAUUACUGGAGACAUGGCCCUCCAGACAGUUGGAAGUCUCUCAGGAGGACAAAAGUCACGAGUAGCAUUUUCCAGGAUGUGUAUGGGAAAUCCAAACUUCUUGGUGCUUGAUGAACCAACAAAUCACCUAGACAUAGAGACCAUUGAAGCCCUAGGAAAAGCAAUAAAUAAAUUCACUGGUGGGGUUAUUCUUGUGUCUCAUGACGAACGCCUUAUUCGAAUGGUUUGUAAAGAACUUUGGGUAUGUGGAGGUGGGAAAGUGAAAAGUAUUGAAGGUGGAUUUGACGAAUACAGGAAGAUUGUUGAACGAGAGCUAGAGGCACAACUGAAAUGAAAUUCCGCAAUGCUGCACAAGAACCUAUUGUUGGUUGUAAAUGAAACAGAGGUUGUAUUUAUUUAUGAACUGUUAAACUACCAUAUUUAUAAAAUAUCAAAUAAAGUUUUAAUACAUUUGUUUUGAAACUUUA